AUGCCACCUCAACAAAGCCGCCAUGACAAUGAGGAUGCCCCGUUCCUACCAAAGUCCACUUCCGUCACCGAGUUACCGGCUCGUUCAAGCGAGGACUCCCAUAGGCCCAGCACCUCGCAGCGGAAAGUCCGCAUGCGACUCACUAUCGCUCUUUUUGCCAUUGUUCUAGCCUUUGAGACUGGCGGAGCCAUGCUUGGUGCACCCAUAACACGCCUAUUCGAGUCGAUAACUUGCCUGCACUACUACAAGGAGCACGACCCCACAAUUAUAGGGAAGAAUGGAUAUAUUCCCGAGAAAUCAUGCAAAAAUAAAGAGAUUCAAGGCGAAGUUGCAAUUGUGAAGGGUUACGGAGAGCUUUUUGACGCGAUGGCUGGGGUCAUUCUUUCGAUACCGUACGGCUUAUUGGCAGACAAGUACGGCCGAAAACCGAUAUUUUGUCUUUGCAUUCCUGGGUUUUUCGUGAACAUGCUUGUUGUUGGCGUUGUAUUGUACGUUCCGGAUGUGUUUCCGUUACGUUUGGUUUGGUUGUCUACGCUUGCCUGGCUGUUUGGAGGUGGAUAUGCUGUCGCUAGCACAAUGAUAUGGACGAUGAUGGCGGAUGUUACUGCUGAAUCCCAAAGGGCUGGGCUUUUCUUCAGAUUCGGGGUGGCCAUAAUGGUGGCCGAUUUCAUUUCUUCACUGGUUACCUCGUGGCUCAUGAAGUACAAUCCCUGGAUUCCGAUCACAAUAGGAUGGGGCCUUACGAUCCUUGGCACCCUUCCCGCGCUGCUAUUACCAGAAACAAAAGGGACGUUUGCAUCGGGGGGAGAAGGAACUUAUGAACUUUGCGAACCACCUCCCGAAGACAACAGUGCUAUCCAUCUCUCUCUUUCCUCUGAGCAACCACAUUCCAUCGACCAACCCCCUUUCCUCUCACGACUCGGGCGGACGGCCUCCCAGUUCAGCUUCAUCGUCCGCGAUAAACACCUCAUGUUUCUCGUUUCCGCGUUCCUCGUCUACAGACUCAGCCGCGGCACAGCAUGGCUGCUCAUACAAUACAUAUCCAAGCGCUACCAAUGGACCCUAGCAGACGCGAAUUUCUUGACGUCCUUCAAAUCCAUCCUGACCAUAUUCCUCUUCCUCGGCGUGCUCCCGCUCGCGUCGUGGUACCUAACCGCGCGACGGGGCGCACACCACCGAGAAAAGGACCUCGCCCUCGCCAAAGCCAGCGUCAUCCUCCUCGUCGUCGGUACACUCAUCAUGGGGCUCUCGCCCUCCAUAGGCCUGUUUAUUGUCGGACUCGUGGUGCAGACGUUGGGGAUCGGGUUCGUGUUUAUCGUGCGGUCCCUCGCCACUAUGAUGGUUCGGAGGGACCAGACCGCUCGGCUGUACACCGCGAUAGAAAUCUUGCAGAGCGUCGGGGUGGCGAUUGCCAGCCCAACGGUGACGCUGUUUUUCAACUGGGGUUUAGACUUGGGAGGGGGCUGGGUUGGGUUGCCGUGGGUGGUGGCGUCGGGCUUGUUUGGGGUGACGGCAGUACUGCUGUGGAUGUAUAGACUGCCCUCUUCUCCGAAGCAAUAUACGGCAGACAACCCAAUUCCCCUCUGAUCGUGUUUAUAUUUUUGGUCUUUCUCUAUUUUCAUUUUAGACUCCAGACUCAAUCGGGUUUGUGUUCGGGUGUUCAUUUUGCCAUACAAUUUCCUUUCUCUGUUUCUUUUUGUACGGUACAUUGACUACAUAGAUACAUACAUACGUACAUACGUGCGGUUACUAACGGCUUUCCUGAUCCAUUUUGAAGCGAUUCCGUUUUG